UGCAAAAUACUCUUCAAAAAAAUCUUUCCUCUCCUACUAUUUAUAGCAGAAGAGUAAAUUAUUUCCCUUGUAGCGGAGCACAGGAGGAUCAGAUGGAGGAGCAACAGCCCCUGUCUGUAACGGCGGCCAGAAUUUGCAGAGAGCUGGAGAAUGUGUUUGUGACAGCAGAGGCGAGUGGGCUCGAUCCAAGGCAGACAAUUGUGAAAGAAAUCAUGAAAACGGCUAAAGGCAGAGGUCACGUGGUGGUCCAUGGCGUAGGGAGGGAAGGGCUGAUGAUGAAAGGGUUUGCCAUGAGACUCUUUCACUUAGGCCUCAACACCGCCUGCGUGGGGGAUAUGACCGCGCCGCACGUCGGCCCUGGCGACUUGCUGAUUGCAAGCGCGGGUCCGGGCGGGUUUGGAAGUGUAAAUGCAAUAAUUGCGCGGGCCAAGCAGGACGGCGCGAGGGUUCUUUUGCUCACUGCGCAGCCCGGCGGCUCGGCCGCUCGCCUUGCCGAUGUCGUGGCGGUUGUUCCUGCUCAAACGAUGGCUCAUGACGCCGGAAAAACUUGCGCUUCUGUGUUGCCGAUGGGGAGCCUGUACGAGGGCGGUCUCUUUCUUUUCUUUGAGAUGGCGAUUCUUGCCCUAGCCCCUGCUUUGAAGCAGACCGCAGAGACCAUGAGCUCCAGGCACACUAAUCUUGAAUAAUAUUUUUUUCGCCUAAUAUUUCAAUUGCUUCCGUUGUUAACUAUGAUGUGGGCGAAACCUUUAAUAGCUGUAUGGUUAUCGAAGUUUCUUGGUUUAUUACUGAGAUUAAUAGGGCAGCUCUUGUGAAGAAUAUUUUGCUGCGACUUUUAGUCUGCAAGUGUUAAAAGUCUUAGAAUUACAUUAUACAACCUAUCAUCAAUGAUUAAAAACUACCAAUAGAACUUUUUAUCA